GUGCAUGACAUGUCAGUUGUUUUGCUUGCUCCAGUCGUAACAAGAAAGAAAUUAUUGUUCGCUGAAAAAGUGUUUCUUUCUAGAGUCCCGUUAAGAUUUGUGAUGUAAAUACUUGAAGAAGCCACAUCUUACCAACAUGGGUCUCAGAACAGUGGACUUCGCCGCAAUAUUGUUAAAUCUCGCCUACUGCGCUCACUCCGAGCACAUCCUGCCUUGCAACGUGAGUUCUCCGGAGCCGUGUCCUGGUGAAAAUGAGGUCUGCGUGCAGCAGACUGGACAAUGCGUUUGCAAGGCGGGCUUCGUGUUUGUUGACGACAACUGCGCGCCCGAGGGCACGGACACAUCGAGCCACACGGCCACUAUUGUCAUCGUAUCGCUGUUCACGCUCGCUCUCCUGGUAUGUGGCAUAGUCUUGGUGUUCAGGAAGUAUGACUUACUCAAUCAUAUUAGACAAAGAAUCAACUUGCGUAGAAACAACGACGUUAUGUACGAGGAUGUCAUGAUUGGCCAAGACGACCCACCCCUUAGCCCUUGAAUGAAGAUACAUCAUCUAUUUGCUUCUAUAGAAAUGUCCUCAGUAUUUCUCGAACUACAUAGAAAAUAAAUUAUUACACAUCUCCGGCUUCUGUCAGCAUCAUCAUCAGUAGUCUUUGUUAACUCCAACCAUAUUUUAGUCUAUGACAUUAUUAAUUGAUCAAACAAAACUGUGUACCUACUGCACAAAAUAAUUAGAAGUACCUAAAUGUU